AUGGAUACAAGACAUGAUUCAUUCCAUGGCUCCGAGGACAAGAGAGAUUCUGUUGGUUUCACAGAUCCACCUAGCUCGCCUCUGAGUUCUGUUCCUGGUGACUUCGAAUCUCAGCAAGUCCCACUGGAUCUGCAAAACAUGUUUAUGCCUGGCAGCCCUGUCUUUCACAGAGAGUCUAGCCUUCCUUCCGUUUCCAGCAGUGCUGCUGUGGGCACUAUUCGUGUCGCCUCGCCUGAGAAUGCACUCUUUGAGUCAACACUGUUCGUCCGCAGGUCCGAACGAAAGCGCAAAACACCUCGAUACUUAGAGCCCGACGAUACUGCUGACAUCUCACAACCUGAGACACCUGAGACACCCGAGCGCCCAGUCAAGCAGAGAAAGACUUCUCAACCCAGAAAAGCUCGCAAUAGUCGUGGAAAGAAUCUUGCAACCGCAUCCACGUCUCACGUCGACGACUCGUCCGUAUCGCCUGAAGAAGUCAAGGAGCCUGUGUCAAACACAGAGCAAACGGAGAUGUCAAAGAUCAUCAAGAUCAAGGUCAAUCCCGAAAGGCUUGGCCAAGUUCUUGGUUCAAUACCUCCUUCUCCGUCCGCUGCUUUGCCGUCGCCUGAGCCAGUUCCGCAAACGAGCCCUGAUUCAGAACCUAAUGUUUCGCUUCCUGCAUCUCAGCCCGCUCUUGAUGCCGUUGAACACGACUUGAUUGCACUCUCUCUAGCUGUCACGAAGAAAGUUGCCAUCGCCCAGAAACCACUUCCUCGUGGGCAACCAGAGAUUUGGGCAGAAAACCGCCACACUCUUUGCGAGAGCCUGACUGGACUCUAUGCAUCUUGGCAAGGCUCUUAUUACGGCAAGAGUGGCGUGGCUAAGGCUUUCAUGCUCGACGGCAACGGCCAUGUACGAGAUCAUCUAGACGAGAACGUCAUCAUCCUGCGAGCUAGCGGCAGCAUGGCAAAAGAUGGCGACAACGGUAUGAAGCAGCGUGAAGACCAAGAACCGAACCAUCAAUACCACGCCAUGGUCAAUGCCAUCACUCAGCAAAGCCCAUUGGCUGUGAUUUGUGGCGACAAGAACAGCCAAGUGUCCAGCAAGAUGCCGCACAAGUACAAUUCACUCGACUGGUACAAAGCCACUCAUGUCUGGACCGAGCGAGACAGGUUCAACGUUAUCAAAUAUCGUCUGGAGAAGCUCAAUUCAGACACAGCUGCAUGGUGGGUUCCCGCAGACUUUGAACCUGUUAUCGAGCUUGGCGCACUUGGAUCACCUCUCAAACAGCACUGCGAUUCUUGCAGCAACGAGUACGACCAGAUUUAUCUGUGCGGUUGGCUGUGCCUGAACAGCAAAUGUGAGAAAUUCUGGUGUUUACCUGACGGCAAUACACCCGAUGCUGCACAGCUGAUCUACGAUCCUCGUUUCCUAAAGCAAAAGACUCCUUGGGCCAAUGAGCAGGCACCUAUCAACUUCCGCUUCUCCUUGUAUACUACAUCUGCAAUCGCAGGCGAAGAUUAUAAAGCGGAGAACCUUCGUGGCAUGACUUGUCCUGAAUGCGGUAAAUGCAACGCACGCAUCAAAUGGGAAGGUUGGGAAUGCACAGGCUGCGGCUUCGAACACAAGCCGAAGAUGACGCCUCUACCUGCAGCUUCAAUCCAGGAUCAGAACUACCCAGUCACUGAUGCUUAUCCUUCAUCGCACGACUCUGCCCUUCCCCACGUCAAGAUCUCGGUCAAGUUCUCACACAACUACCGCUGGAUCACUUACAAGUUCAAGGUGUCGGCUACUGAAGAAGGCGAAGUUGUCCACGGCAUCGCGAACAAGGUCGUGCGCGAGGAGGUCCAAGGCCCCAAUGAGAUGUGGGAGGACCUCCAAACCAACUGCCACGGAUUGGUGCGCAGAGAACUGUCGAAUGCUCUCAUGAAUUCUUUCACCAUCAACUAUGGUAUGCCAUACAAGUUUAUCGCCGCGGGUGACAGUCUUCCCUUCACAGACGCGCCCUGGCCUGUUACGGAAGCAGUCUCUCGUCUCAAUUGGGCAGACCGAAUCACAUCAGGGAAUGCCGUCAAGGACAAGGAAAAGUUCAAUGAACUGUACCUGGUCGCAUAUCUUCAAGACCAGUCAAUGAACUACCACGAUGAUGGAGAAAAGGGCCUGGGUUCGACUGUCGCUACUCUCUCCCUCGGUGCUCGAGCCGAAAUGGGAUUCAGACCCAAAUCAUUUUUCUUUCAUGGCAUGAAGAGCAUCGACUACAACCGCAAGAGAAUGACUGUCAUGACCAAGGAUGAACCUCUUCCUGAGUUCCCCAACUAUGAGCUGCGUAAGCAAUAUCUUGUGGAGAUCAGAGAUGCCAAUCUCUCUGAGGGUGAAGAGAAGCAAAGACUUGCUGAGAUGGCUACUGCACUUCGCGCAGCAUAUCCGCCCAAACAGAGCUGUACCAAGGUUGAGGAUUGGGUCAGACUAUCCCUCGGCCACGGUGACAUCGUCAUCAUGCGCGGCGCCCAUCUUCAAAAAUACUACGAACACGGUGUCACCCCCAAGGGUCUCAUGCGUUACGCUUUGACCUGCCGUACAGUCCUGCCUGGACAUCUCAAGGAAUCAGAAUUGCCCGACUACGAAGUCGACCUUGUCCAGGACGAUUACGAUGGCAGCCGAAUUGCCAAGUGA